AUGUUUUUGAGAGAAAUUGAGGGUAGCUCAAAAGAUGCAAUCCUGAUACAUGUGAAUGGCACCACUUUGCGAUUCACCAUUCAUGACUUUGCUAUAAUAACUGGGUUAAAAUGUUCAGACAAUGAGAAGGAUUUUGUCUUUAAUACCGAAGAACCAAACAGAAUGAUUCUUCAGUAUUUUGGAGUCGAAAAAGCCAUCACCAAGAGUCAGUUGGUUGAAAAGUUUGAUAAUAAGGUUUGGGGGGAUAAUGAUGAUGAUGCGAUGAAGUUUGCUAUAUUGUUUUAUAUACAUUCAUUCAUCCUUUCGGAAGAACCAACCAGUACUGUUAUUGAUAGGAAAGACUUUGAUUUGGUUGAAUCGGGCAGAUACAUUGACUACCCAUGGGGUAAAAAGGCUUUUGACCUGCUGAUUCUGCAUUUGCACACUAAGAUCAAACACGAUGGGAAGUAUUUCAGGUUGUAUGGUUUCCCACUUGCUUUGCAAGUGUGGUUUUAUGAAUGUUGUUCGAAUUUUGAUGAGGAAAUUGAUGUUAAGCUUGUUUUUAAGAAUAUAACUCCAACUCCAAUGGAACUCAAGAUUCUUGAAUUACCUCCUGAGUAUGUUCAAUCAGAUUCAUCUCCAACAGAAACAGCAGCUGCAAAUGCUUCAGACGAUGAUUUUCAGGAUCCUCCAUGUCCAAUAAAUAACAAGGGAAAAGAAAAAGAUGAUAGUUGUUUGUCGCCUCCUAAGAAGAAAUCAAGGCAUACAGUCACUCCUAUUCAGAAGAAGACAACACCUAGGGUCAUUUCAAAGCAGCCUUGUUUAAUAAAGUCUCCCCGACGUGCCAAUGUUGCAAAAAGACCUAAGUCACCACUUCCAAAGAGGCAUGCCAAAAAACAUGCUAAUGUUCCAUCCUAUACAGGCAUUAAGCAAAAUGUUGAGAUUAAAUCAAGUGUUCCUAUCGAAAUACCAUCUACCAGCAAGUCACAUGAUUUCAGUAUAUUGCGUGAUGAGUUUGAUCAAUUCAAACUCUCGAUGGAGAAACAGUUUACUGAUUUAAGGAACUUCAUUGAAAACAACUUCAAAGUUGUGUUGGAUUCUAUCAAAUCAAAGAAUGCGGAAGAUAAGGGUGAUGGUGUAGAAGUUACAGAUAAAGUGCCAGUCGAUGUCGUUCAAUCCGAAGAACCUUCUCAACAUUUACCUUCUGAAUUGAACUGUCAAUCUGUUUUUAAUGAUCUAAAUGAUCAAGAGAAGGUUGUUCGAGUAUCAGUCCCAUCAUCUACUCCAGAUGUUAGUAUUCACCAGUCAAAAUUACACUCUCCAGCUGGACAGUCAGCAUUUAGCCCUUUAGUUCAACAAUUCAGUAAUCCCGAGCCACAGGGUCACAACAAUUCUGGAGUUCCAAUCAAUUUUAAGGUUCAGAACACUUCCAAUAUUUUUGAGGUUCAAAACAAUUCUGAGAAGGAGAAUUGUGAAGAUGUUCCAAUUGAAGUGGUCAAAGAGGGAUCUCAAUUCAUGGAUGAUCAAACAGACUUCAACAAUUCAUCUUUUCAGGAUUUGUUGAAUGUUAUACACGAUCAAACUGAAAAGAUGGAAAAAGAAGAAUUUUCAGAUACAAACAAAGCAGGAUCAAACAUUAAUCCAGAAAGAAGCAUGGUGUUACAUCCUUUGUUAGCUGUGGACGCGCAUACACCAUUACCAAUUCAUAGGGAAAGGCGUCCAGGCCCAUUCAACACAUCGCCUUAUGUGACAUCAUUCGGUUCAGAGUCUGGUAGUUCAUCAAGGUUCCAUUUCUCGUUUGAUUUGAAACAUCCAUUUGUUGCAAUGUCUGAUUUGGAGCGUACAACUCUGUAUAUUCAUUUCUGGAAAUGGUUAAAUGAAGGGCUGCUUGUUAGACACAACACAAAGAAUGGCAAAAAAGAGCGAUACAAAAAGAACAAGUCUGUCUUACAAAUGUGGUUUCAUUUUGGAAUUGUCACAGUCCAAAACAAGAACUGGUUCUAUAGGCUUGCAUACAAAAAUCAAUUGCUUGAUGACUCGCACGUAGAUGUCAUUUUGUAUUAUAUACGCAAAAGAGCCAAGUACUCCGACACCAAUGCAUUCAGUUUUAUCACUGUCGAUUGCAAUUUCAGUAAUCUGAUUACCAAUGUCUGGGAUGCUUAUUAUAAUUUUGAAAGUAAUAUUAACAAGGAAAGUACAGAGGAGUCGAUUAUUGAGUAUAUUAACGGAUACAGAAUGCAUGUUGCUAGACCUUGGCAUACAGUUGAUAACAUCCUCAUUCCUGUUAACAUCAAGGAGAUCUUUCAUUGGAUUUUGAUCGUUGUGUCUAUUAAUGAUAGAUCUAUACAGAUCUAUGAUUCUCUUAGGGGUGGUGCCCUACACGAUUCGUCAGUUGAGAAUGAGAUCAAGAAAUAUGCACAACUUGUUCCCAUGUAUUUAUCUAAGUCUGAUUUUUAUGGGAAGAAAGGCAUUGACAUAUCUUCACACCCAAAGUACAAGUCCCACUCUGAAUGUGACUCUUUUGAAAUGAUUUAUGUCAAUGAUAUACCACAACAAGAUGCAGGAAGCCUCGAUUGUGGACUAUAUGUUGCUGCUUAUGCAGACCAUAUCAGUAAUGGAAAUGUGGUUCCAAAUUCCUUCGAUUCAGAGUUCACAUGUAUUCAAUAUGCUUCUUUAUUUUGGAACUAUGGGGUGCAAAAGAUCCAAGCCGAUGCCACUAAUGACAGUGAGGCACCAGAAAGGCCAACCAGGAUUCAUAGGGAUUGUGAUAGUAGUGAAAAGAUCACAAUUAAUUAG